ACCUGGGAAGGAGGCAGUCCCGGCCACACAGCUGGGGAGCGUGGUGUGCGCGGCGUACCGUAGCAUCUUGCUCCGCCGCGCCUGAGAACUUGGCAGCGAGGCGGGUGACGUCAGGCAGAGGAGAGGAAUCUGAGCCGAAGGGCCGGGGGCCGAGGGGAGGGAGUCGGAGCCUGCGUGGUGGAGGGAGCUGGGCCUGGGAACGAGGCUUGUGACGUAGGCCGAGGGGCGUGUCGUGAGGCCGAGGAAAGACCGCAGCGGGGAGGUGGUGCCUGUGAAGCAGAAAAUGGCGCCUGCGAAUGAGCAAAGUUUGUGACGCGGCGAGGUUUUUGCCUCUGGCCGGGGCCUUCUUCCCAGGACGGGAGAAAGUGCAGGUUCCUCGUGGGGCAGCACUGGUACAAGUACUGGGAAGUGUACGUGCAGGGAGGAGACCAGGACUCCAGCCCCUUCCCUGGCUGUAUCAACAAUGCUGAGCUCUUUGAAGACCAGGUAAACUGGCACCUCAAGAAGGGACUGGUGGAAGGUGAGGACUAUGUGCUGCUCCCAGCGGCUGCUUGGCAUUACCUGGUCGACUGGUAUGGUUUAGAGCAUGGCCAGCCUGCCAUUGAACGCAAGGUCGUGGAGCUGUCCGGCAUCCAGACGGUCGAAGUGUACCCAGUAGAACUGCUGCUGGUCCAGCACAGUGAUAUGGACACACCUCACACUGCUCAAUUCAGCCACACAGAUUCCAUUGACCUAGUUGUGCGCACCGCUCGGGAGCAGUUUCUGGUGAGCCCCCAGGAAGAGACACGGCUCUGGGUCAAGAACGCGGAGGGCUCUUUUGAGAGGCUGUGCAACACACGUGUCACAGUGCUUGACGCCGCUCUCAAGACUGGGCAGGUGGUUGUCAUGGAGACCCGAAACAAGGACGGCACUUGGCCCAGCGCACCACACGCCAUGAGCAGCACGUCGGAGGAGGAUGCGGACUUCCAGGGCCAGCCAGGCAUCUGUGGUCUCACCAAUCUGGGCAACACGUGCUUCAUGAACUCGGCCCUGCAGUGCCUCAGCAACGUGCCACAGCUCACCGAGUACUUCCUCAAAAACCGCUACCUGGAGGAGCUCAACUUCUGCAACCCGCUGGGCAUGAAGGGUGAGAUCGCAGAGGCCUACGCGGACCUGGUGAAGCAGGCGUGGUCCGGCCACCACCGCUCCAUUGUGCCCCAUGUGUUCAAGACCAAGGUCGGCCACUUUGCGUCCCAGUUUCUGGGCUACCAGCAGCAUGACUCUCAGGAACUGCUGUCGUUCCUCCUGGACGGGCUGCACGAGGACCUCAAUCGCGUCAAGAAGAAGGAAUACGUGGAGCUGUGCGAUGCCGCUGGGAGGCCGGACCAGGAGGUUGCUCAGGAGGCCUGGCAGAACCACAAACGGCGGAACGAUUCUGUGAUCGUGGACACUUUCCACGGCCUCUUCAAGUCCACGCUGGUGUGCCCUGAUUGUGGCAACGUGUCUGUGACCUUUGACCCCUUCUGCUACCUCAGUGUCCCACUGCCUGUCAGCCACAAGAGGGUCAUGGAGGUCUUCUUUGUCUCCAUGGACCCCCGCCGCAAGCCAGAGCAGCACCGGCUCGUGGUCCCCAAGAAGGGCAAGAUUUCGGAUCUGUGUGUGGCUCUGGCCAAACACACUGGCAUCUCACCAGAAAGGAUGAUGGUGGCGGAUGUCUUCAGUCACCGCUUCUAUAAGAUCUACCAGCUCGAGGAGUCCCUGAGCAGCAUCUUGGACCGAGAUGAUAUCUUCAUAUACGAGGUGUCAGGCAGGGCUGCUAUCGGCGAGAACUCCAGAGAGGACGUUGUGCUCCCCAUCUACCUGCGGGAGCGCACCCCAGCCCGGGACUACAACAACUCCUACUACGGCCUGAUGCUCUUUGGGCACCCGCUCCUGGUGUCGGUGCCCCGGGACCGGCUCUCCUGGGAUGCUCUGUAUCACAUCCUGCUGUACCGCCUCUCGCGCUAUGUGACCAGACCCAGCUCGGAUGAUGAGGAUGAUGGGGAUGAAAAAGACCUGGAGGACAAGGACGCCAUCCCUAAGCCUGGCCAAAUGGCUGGGGGCAGCUCCCAAGACCCUGGGCAGGAGCAGGCUGGACCCAGCUCUGGAGUCGCAAGCGGGAGCCGGGCCCCCGUGGACAACUCCCCUGGACCAUCUCACUGGCCCCAGCGGGCACGGCGCAAGCACCUGUUCACCCUGCAGACAGUGAAUUCCAACGGGACCAGCGACCGCUCGACCUUCAACGAGGAUACCCAUGCCCAGCCAUACAUUGCCAUCGACUGGGAACCAGAGAUGAAGAAGCGUUACUAUGACGAGGUGGAGGCUGAGGGCUACGUGAAGCAUGACUGCGUCAGCUACGUACUGAAGAAGGCUCCGGUGCGGCUGCAGGAGUGCAUUGAGCUCUUCACCACUGUUGAGACCCUAGAGAAGGAAAACCCCUGGUACUGCCCCACCUGCAAGCAGCACCAGCUGGCCACCAAGAAGCUGGACCUGUGGAUGCUGCCCGAGACGCUCAUCAUCCACCUGAAGCGCUUUUCCUACACCAAGUUCUCCCGCGAGAAGCUGGACACCCUUGUGGAGUUUCCUAUCCGGGACCUGGACUUCUCCGAGUUUGUCAUCAAGCCGCAGAACGAGUCGGCCCCGGAGCUGUACAAAUACGACCUCAUCGCGGUUUCCAACCAUUACGGGGGCCUGCGAGAUGGACACUACACAACAUUUGCCUGCAACAAGGACAGCGGCCAGUGGCACUACUUUGACGACAACAGCGUCUCGCCUGUGACUGAGAACCAGAUUGAGUCCAAGGCAGCCUACGUCCUCUUCUACCAACGCCAGGACGUGGCCCGUCGCCUGCAACCCCAGCCCGGCUUAUCUGAGCCCUCAGCGUCCCCUGCCUGCGGUACCCCACCCAGCUCUGAAUCCAUGGAUGUUAACUGAGGGGCCUGGGCCCUGCCACAGGGAAGGAAGCCAUCUCUGCUCUCUUCCUUCCCGAACCCACCCCUGUCCUCUUACCCGUGUUAGGUGCCCCAUUCCGGGCGUCACAGGCUUAGUCGUGGCUACUGUUCUCCUGUGCUGCUAUGUUGCUCUCUCCUGGGGAAGAAGAGGUCGUGUCUCCUCCCAGCACUGUGUUCCCCGCCUGUGUUUGCCCCUUAGAGCAUUCCCUUCCCUUCUAUUCUCUAUUUAUGGUUGUCCCCUUCCCUCUUGUCCUCAACCUGGGGUGUUCUGAGGGGGUGGUGGUGGGGUGCACCUCAACACAGAGUGUAUUUUCUUAUUGAGACCCUGUACCUUGCGCUGUGUAUAUAUAAAAGUGCCAGUGUGUUC